AUGAAGGCCAACCAGACAGUCCUGAAAGAAUUCAUUCUUGUGGGCUUCUCCUCGUACCCACACGUGCGGACAUUCCUCUUCGUGCUCUUUUUUGGCCUCUACCUUCUCACCCUCACAGGUAACCUGGCCAUCCUGGGUCUAACUUGGGCGGACAGAUCUCUCCACACCCCUAUGUACCUCUUCCUCCGUGCCCUCUCUUUCUCCGAGACCUGCUACACGCUGACCAUCAUCCCCAAGAUGCUGGCAGACCUGCUCACUGAGAAGAGAAGCAUUUCAGUCCCGGGGUGUGGCUUGCAGAUGUAUUUCUUCCUGGGACUUGGUGGCACUCACUGCAUCAUCCUCACGCUGAUGGGAUACGAUCGCUUUCUGGCCAUCUGCCACCCUCUCCGAUACCCACUGCUGAUGACCAAUGUGGUGUGUGGGCACCUGGUGGUCUCUGCUUGGGCCGGAGGCUUCCUUAUCUCUGUGACAGAGACUGCACUGAUAUUCGGGGGCUCCUUCUGCAACCCCAACCUCAUCCACCAUUUCUUCUGCCACAUGCGGGCCGUGGUGAGGCUGUCCUGUCUAGACAGCGACCUCACCGAACUCAUUGUAACAAUGGUCUCAGUGUCAGCCUUGACGGGCACCUUUCUGCUCAUUAUCAUCACUUACAUUUUCAUUCUGUCCACUGUCUUCAGGAUCCCUUCAGCCGAGGGCAAGCAGAAGGCUUUUUCUACCUGCGCCUCUCAUCUCACUGUGGUCAUCGUCCACUUUGGCUUCGCGGCUAUUGUCUAUCUGAAGCCAGAAGGCUCGGGAGGAGAUGACACACUCAUCGCUGUCCCUUACACCGUCAUCACCCCUUUCCUCAGCCCCCUCAUUUUCAGCCUCAGGAAUAGAGAUAUGAAGAAUGCAUUCAGAAAGCUGCUGGCAAAGAGGAGUUUCUGGAAUACGUUGCAGGGCCUCUCCACGCCCCAGCUGGACCUCAUGGAGGAUAAAAAGAAAUCCUUGGAAACCCACUGUGCUGGUGUUCUUCAAGCGCUGAGACCCCUGGAGAAUCCAUUUUCCAUGAUGCCUCCUCCAGAGUCAUUUUAG